UCGUCGGUAGUCUGUACAUCGCUAGCCGAAUUGCAAAUAAUUUCGUUUGUCAUCGUCGUCCGAAUUUCGUGCGUGUGUACGUGUGCUUGUGCGUUUGUUCCGAUUCCUGCGCGGGACACGUGCGAGUCGGCGUGUUCGUCACACCGGCAGUGUCCAUUUAUCGGUCGUCGCUGUCGCGCAUGGCGCCUAACCCGUUCACGGCCAGGCUGGCCUCCCGAAUCGCCAUGUCGUACGGGCCCAGCGUCAGCUACAUAAUGCUCAUCCGCGUGGCCAUACUGUUCUUCCGGCCCGACAUCGAGGACGUCGAUCACCGUCUGACGGACCGCCAGAUCGCCGAGAUCAGGGACAGGUACGAUUUUGUGGUGAUCGGCGGUGGUUCCGCUGGUUCCGUUAUGGCUAAUCGUUUGUCCGAGAACGCCAACUGGACGGUUUUAUUAAUAGAGGCCGGAAUCGACGAACCGGCAUUGUCUGACAUACCAUUGCUAUAUCCUUCUCUCCAGCGCACGUCUGUUGAUUGGCAGUACAAAACACAACCCAGUGAUUCAUCUUGUUUGGGCUUCAACGGGAAUCAAUCUAGCUGGCCCCGAGGUAAAGUCAUCGGGGGCAGCAGUGUUCUAAACGCCAUGUUCUAUGUCAGGGGCAACCGGAAGGACUACGACGCAUGGAGAGACGCUGGCAAUGAGGGCUGGGGUUACAAGGACGUGUUACCAUACUUUAUAAAGUCCCAGGAUAUGAGGAUACCGGAGCUUGUGGAUUCAGAKUAUCACGGCACUGGAGGAUACCUGAGCGUGGAGCAUUUCCGGUCGCACUCACCGAUCGUGGACAGUUUUUUGGAGGCCACCAAGGAAUUUGGUUACGACGAAGUUGAUAUAAACGGUCAGAGUCAGACAGGAUUUACGCGAUCUCAAGGGACUCUAAGAGACGGGUUGAGGUGCAGUACUGCCAAAGCGUUUUUGAGGCCAAUUAAAAAUCGUCCAAACCUUCAUAUCAGCUUACACACGCAUGUUUUAAAAAUCGUGAUCGAAAAUGACCGGGCCACGGGCGUACUGAUAUCUAAACUGGGGACAAUACCAACGCUGGUGACAGCCGAGAAAGAAGUAGUGCUGUCGGCUGGCGCAAUUAACUCACCCCACCUCUUGAUGUUGUCCGGUAUAGGGCCUGCCGAUAAGAUACGUAAAGCCGGCGUCAAAAUCACCAAACACAUACCCGGUGUGGGGCAAAAUCUGCAAGACCACAUUGCGAUGGGCGGUGUCACAUAUUUGUUCGAUUCACCCGAUGAAUCCAGUCCCCUUGGUCUAGGCAUAGUCUUGCCGAGGGUGUUGACGCUAAACUCAUUCAUCCAAUUCUUCCGAGACAAAAUGGGGCCGCUCUACAGGAUACCACUUGGUGAAGUCAUGGGCUUUGUAAACACGCGCUAUAACAAUGAUUCCGACUGGCCGGACGUUCAGCUGUUUAUGGCAACGGCCGGAGACAACGACGAUGGGGGUUUAUUGAACAAACGGGAUGUGGGAAUCACUGACGAAUACUACGAGCAAGUUUUUGAACCCAUACUAUACCGAGAUGCUUUUACGAUAGCACCGUUGUUGUUGAGGCCGCACAGCCGAGGCUACAUAGAGAUCACAAGUUCCAACCCGUACACGGCGCCGAAAAUCGUGCCAAACUACUUCAGUGACCCGCGGGACAUCAAAACUAUGGUGGAGGGUGCUAAAAUCGGAUACGCCAUCAGCCGCACAGUAGCAAUGAGCAAGAUAAAUACCACUUUGCAUAAUAUCCCCACGCCGGGGUGUGAGUGUUACAAGUUUUUGUCCGACGAAUACUGGGAAUGUCAGGCCCGUCAUUACACGAUGACCAUUUAUCAUCCAGUCGGCACUUGCAAGAUGGGCCCGGUGGAUGACGAAUAUGCCGUGGUAGAUGAGCGGUUGAGGGUGAGAGGCAUCAGUGGAUUGAGAGUGGUCGACGCGUCUAUAAUGCCCACGAUAGUUAACGGAAACACCAAUGCUCCAACGAUUAUGAUCGCGGAAAAGGCAUCUGACAUGAUCAAGCAAGAUUGGGCCGGACACACGCAAAAAUUUAAGACACGGUACAUCAAGAAGACAGUCAGGAGAUGGUGGUAAGCCUUUAUCCAAACACUUUUGAAUACUGUGCCAAUCUGAUUGAUAUUUAUAUUUAUAAAAUUGGAAUUUAAAGAAUGCAAUUAUUAUCGAUAUUUGUAUUUUUGUAUACAUUAUCGGUAAUCGCAAUUAUUAUCCCAAUAAUUUUGUUUGUGUACCUAACCUAUACCUAUUAAUAAGUAUGGAAUUUUUAUUGUUCAGUUACAUUAAGUUGCAUUUUUAMUAAUUAUUCAAACAUGAUAAUCUUUAAGAUGUAUAUUAUAAUACCAUAAAAUGUAUAACAUCUCUAUAAAUCGUAUAUAAUUUUAAAUUGUUUACACUUUUUAUUAAUGUCAUUAUUUAUC